ACGGCAGAUAUUGCGUGAUCCAACUUUAUCAUUUUCAACAGUUUGGAAAUAUUGAUAUUUUUUGGCGGUAGAAUUCAAAUUUCUUGUAGAAAAAUGGCAGGUUUUACUCGAUUAGACAAUCCUGAACUUUCCAAAAUGUGCUUGCAAAAGCAUCGCCUGGCUUCCUUUCAUAAUUGGCCAUUUCAAGAUGAAGGACAAGAACAUAUAUGUACAGCUCAGAAGAUGGCCGAAGCUGGCUUUUACUCCUGUGCGACGGAAAUUUCACCAGAUUCCGUACGAUGCUACGUUUGUUUCAAAGAACUUGAGGGUUGGGAACCUCAUGAUGAUCCAUGGGAAGAACAUCGAAGCCAUUCACCAAACUGCUCAUUUGCAAAGAAAGGAAAAGUUGAAGGAAAACUUACUGUGGAAGAAUUUAUCAAAAUGGAAAUGGAAAGUCAGCAAACAAGAGUGGAGAAACUGAUGUUGGAGAAAUUGGAAGAGUCUGAAAAAUUUUCCCAAGAUGCCCUGGAGCAACUGAAAAAACUGCUGAAAGUGUAGAUAAUAGUGAAUUGUCUUUUUUAAUGGAUGCUACACUCUUGAAUCAAUAUCCUAGGAGGUUGUACCCUAUGAGACUGUACACUAGGAGUUUGUACCUUAGGAGAUUGUUCCCUAGGAGACGGAACCCUAGGAGACUGUAACCUAGGAGAAUGUACCCUAGGAGAAUGUACCCUAGGAGACUGUAGUCUAGUUUUGUAAACAUAUGCCUUAAUUUCAAUGCAAAAUCUUUCGGAAAUAUGUGACCCACCCAAAGAUAGUUUACAAUUUUAUUUUUUAUCAUGACUGAUAACUGCGGCCAUGUUUUAUAUCCAAUUGUUCGUAAGUCAGUUGCGAAGUGUUGUUGUCGAAUUAUAAUUUUCUUCUAGGCUUCUCAGUACUUCCAUAUUUUAACUGUUGUAUAUUAACUCUAGAGCAUUUUGUAAUAUUUGAAUGUAUUUAGUUACUCAAGAAACCAUUUGAAUCUCGUCAA